UGUUUGGGCCGCCUGUGUCGAGCAGGUGGAGUCUUCCCCCCAUGGGACGCACUGCUGCAAACUGUCGCAGUACGCAGAGGUCCGGAGCCAAACCCCUCCUGCCCCCCUUUCCGCCCAAUGUCGCCACGCAGAUAUAAGAAAACGUUCACCCUACUGCUUCACGACGGCGUCCUGUCUGGGAGCGAUGACGAGGAAGACGAGAAGGCGCCGAGCCAGCCAGCGACUUCGCACCACGAGCAGCGCAUCGGCGACGCCCUCGAGGAGCUGCAGCUGCGCCUCGAGGCGGUGAUCGCUGGCUCUACGCCGCAGCACGGGCUGGAGCUGGAGGACCGCGCGCGCGCGGCCGAGGGGGCGGAGGUCUCGCCGAGCAGCCCCGCCGCCGGCGCGGGCGGGGGCGGCGAGCGAGUGCACCAGGAGGCGCCGGCGCCCGAGCCCGACGACCUGGCCGACUGGCUCCGGGUCCGGGAGCCGGAGGACGACCUGGCCUCCCUGGCGGGCCCGGCGGCGCUGCCCGGCAGCGGCAGCGCCACCACCUGCAGCAGCAGCGACAGCACUUGCCGCACGUCGGAGGCGCCCGGCUCGGACCGCUCGGACGACUGGCUCGUUGUCGAGGA